CCGACCACCCUAAGCAAUCACGGCAGCCACGACAAGAGGCGGUGACAAAGAGGCCAGUUAAUGAUUGACAGAGAGGCCGACCUGACGGAAGGGCCCGAGGGUUGGACGUCAGCAACCGUGAGCGUGCAUCAUCUCCACAGCGGGAAUCCUGCGUUUCCCCACACCUGCCUGUCCCCUGCUGGUUCCGCCAGCCGUUGCUAACAUACCGUGAGGUUGGAAACAAAUUGCUGACCGGGGGAUGGUAUAAGAUAGGAUCCAUGUAGACUACAUUUUGCUUAUCGCAUCCGGCCGAUGAGUAGCACUUAAGGGAGCAUUCAGCAGGAAUCAUAGAACAUUCAGGAACCAGUCACCGGGAAGCAGGCACGAUGCAGAGACUACUGCCGUGGGUACUGCUGCUGACGAUCCUUCUGUCUUCAUCCGACAUGGGCAGGGCACAGGCCCCCUGGUACAGGCCUGGCUGCCAUCUCGUAGGCGUUGACAAAUCUGUGGAGGUGCCCGGAUGCCAGAGACAGACUGUCCGAGUGAACGCCUGUAGAGGCUACUGUGAGUCCAUAGCCUUCCCGUCCUCUACCACCACACGGCAAGGGUCGAGCGGGAACCACGUCAUCACGUCCAGAGCAACCUGCUGUGACAUCGCCUCCACACACGUGGUGAACUUCUCUCUGCGCUGUGGGAACCUGCUGGUCCCCAAGACCCUCUACUCGGCAGCCAGCUGCGCCUGUAGUAUCUGCGACGAUAACCCGUGACGUCACAGCGGACCCACGGCUUGGCAAGAAGAACCUUGAACAAUAGGCUCUUUCUUGUAACGAUUUGCUAAAGAUACUCAUCUGAUGACGACGGAAUUCGUUUCAAAGAUAAUGAAUGACUUUGAAAUAAACAUUUUCCUCACAAAGUGUGAGUUACAGAAAAAGUCUUGUAGUGUGAUGUAGCCGGUAAAUAAAUGCGGCAGCAGAAUUAUAAGAGCUGUACAGGGCAUUUUUUCCUUUGCUUUGUUGGCAACUACAACUACAAUGAGAAUAGACAUAAGUAGACAACAAAAACGAUGCGAAUGCACGUUUUGUGUACUUCCGAUGAUGAAGCAUGCUCCAUCUAUGCUGUACAGGCGUUAGCCGUAAGAAUUAAAUGGAGAGCAUUUGCAAAAGUUUUGUCCAACAAACUCAUGGUGGAAAUAAAGAUUAUAAGGCAA